AUCCCUUUUGUACGACUCGGACGGGUUGUCUUCAUUUCGUGUGGUCAAUGGAACUUAAGUGGUAACAUCUUCGUCUGGUCAAGGGACAAAUUACGUGAUAACAUUUUCAACUUCUUCAAGAAACUUACGUGACAACUAUGGGACAGGAGGAUGAUUUCAUUCCAAAUCAAUCUAGAAAUCGAAGGAAUGGUUCAUGGGUUACAAAACGUCCAGUACUAAUUGUCGGACUUUGUCUGACCUUUGUUGUCAUCUACACCGUUGCUUUGACGCUUGGAAUUGUACUUUCUCACCAACGGAGUGAUGGACACACGGCAAACGUCCGAAAGAUCACGAUUGCUGUUGGCGCAGUUGUCAGUGACCAUGAGACGUGUUCAGAAAUCGGACGAGACAUGUUGGCGAGAAACGGGUCUGCAGUUGACGCCGCAAUUGCUGCACUUCUCUGUGACGGGCUGAUGUCAGCACAUAGUAUGGGGAUAGGGGGAGGAAGCUUCUUCGCCAUCUACGAUUCCAAAACUAGACAGACCAGGACAAUAAACGCCAGAGAAACAGCUCCCUCAGCGCUCACAUAUAGUCUAAAUACACAAAGGAGUGUGAACAGCAAAGUCCUGUCGAUAGGAGUACCCGGGGAAAUCCGUGGAUAUUGGGAAGCCCAUAAGAGUUAUGGACGACUGCCGUGGGCGGACCUUUUUCAACCUACUAUAAAUCUGGCUGAGAACGGCCACUACCUCUCCCAACCUGUUCACAGAGCAUUUAGGGUCCUCAAGCAGAAAUUCAACAUGGAUUUCGCUAACAACACGGAGUUCUGUAAGAUAUAUUGUGACGACACUGGACAAAUAGCACCCGAAGGAGCCAUCAUCAAGAACCCACGUCUGGCCCGGACCCUGAGAGGGAUCGCUGAAAAUGGACCGUCCUACUUAUAUGAAGGGCCGAUAGCCGAUACAAUUAUUCGAGAAAUUCAAGAAAAAGGUGGUGUUAUGACGAAAAAAGACCUCGCGGAGUAUACCCCGAUUGUGGAAGAUGGUAUUGCCGUAGAUCUUGGUGACGUCACGUUGCUAACCAUGGGUGCCCCUAGCGGUGGACCAGUUUUAGGUCUCAUCUUAAAUAUACUGAAAGGAGUGCUUCAUCUUGGGAAAUCCGACAUGGCUACACCUAACAAGCGCUCUGCUACUUUCCAUGCUUUGGUGGAAGCCACGAAGCUAGCGUAUGGCGAUAGAUGGCAGCUGGCUGACCCGGCUUUUGUGCCAGACGUGAAGCAGGUUGUUGAUAGAAUGAUUUCUGAUUCGUACGCAUCGUUUCUGAGGAAGGAAAAACUGGACAUGCGCAGAACACACGAGUGGUCGUAUUACACCAAUAAAACUUACCAGCCGAAAGACCACGGUACUGUGCAUGUGUCAGUUCUAGCUCCGGACGGAAGUGCUGUUUCUGUGACAAGUAGCAUCAAUUAUUAUUUUGGAUCAGGAAUUUUAUCCGAAUCUACUGGAAUAAUUUGGAAUAACGAAAUGUCCGAUUUUUCUAAGACCAACCCUCGUAAUUUUGUCGAGCCAGGUAAGCGGCCUCUGUCGUCGAUGGUUCCCGCCAUAUUUGUGGACAAAUCCGGGGAGGUACAAGUAAUAGUCGGUGGUAGCAGGUGGCGCCACCAUCACGCCUGCCGUAAUGGAGGUUUCCGCUUUCCUACUCUAUCUGAAGGACAGUGUCGAUGAGGCUGUAAGGCGAAAGAGGUUCUUUCAUCGUAUAAAAACAGAUACUGUUGAAUACGAGAAAGGUUUCCCACAGGACAUCAUGAAGGAUCUGGCGGCGCGGUAUGGCCAUACGGUAAAGGAGUAUAGGGGAGAAUAUAUGGCCGUUAUCCAGGCCAUCGCAAGAAAUCCUAGAACAGGGGAGAUAACUGCAUUUUCAGACGAAAGAAAAAUAUCAGGAAAAGCGAAAUUCUUAACAGAGGAGAUUGAAGUGACUUUGUAAUUAGAUAUUGAUUAUUAAUCAGUAAUUAGUAUUGACUAAUUAUGCAGAUUAUUAUAUUUUUGCUUUUCUUACAUGAUGUACAUCUAGAUUUUGCCCAAUCGCAUACUCGGGGAAGCUUAUUGUAUGCCUCAAUCGAUACCUGUAUAUAUACUGGACAUACAGUUGAUGUAUUUUGCUUUCAGAAAAUGUUUUUUUUUUUAAAUAAUUA